GAGCGCGCGGGAAAGAGACCCAUUUAAACUGUGGCGGGAACAUCAUUUUCGGGUUCUUGUCCAGUUAAGACAUCUGCAGUUGGGGUGGUCGGUGAAAGUUGUCUCUUCCUGUGUGAACAUGGUGCGGACCAAAGCAAACUACGUCCCAGGAGCCUACAGAAAAGUGGUGGCUUCUCAAGCCCCCAGGAAGGUGCUUGGCUCCUCCACCUUUGUCACCAACUCUUCAAGUUCGUCAAGAAAAGCUGAAAAUAAGUAUGCUGGAGGGAACCCAGUCUGUGUGCGCCCAACUCCUAAGUGGCAAAAAGGCAUCGGGGAAUUUUUCAGACUGUCCCCUAAAGAUUCUAAAAAGGAGAACCAGAUUCCUGAAGAGGCGGGAAGCAGCGGCUUAGGAAAAGCAAAGAGAAAAGCGUGUCCUUUGCAACCUGAUCACAGAGAUGAUGAAAAUGAAUAGAACUUACUCAUCUGAAUAAUGUCUUCAGCUUACUUACAUAUUCUAGGAUGUAACUUUGGGUAAAUGAGUUUGUCCAAAUGGCUUGUUGAUGAAAAAAAUGAGGCUAAAAUUUAGCUAUUCAAAAGAAACUAGCUAUAAAAGUGGAGACAAAUUUGUAAAUUCGAAUUGCAUACUUGAAUUUAUGUCAUAUGCUCCUUUUUCUACCUGUUAAGCUUAUUCCUAAAAAUCAACAGUGCCUGAUACUCUAAUUACUAAUCUACUGUCUUUGCUUAGAUUUUUGUACUGAUGCCAUUGCAUGGGCAUUGAUUAUGGAAAUAGUGCCAUUGUUACGGCAUGUUUGCCUUAAAAAUUUGAGUCUUUUUUACAUUAAAAAUUCAAUAUUAA